AGGAGAGUUAGUUCCCUUUUCUUAAAUUUGAUGUCGAUACAAUCAGAGACUUAAUAGAUCUGUGAUACAAUCAAUUAUUGUAAAAGCUAAACCGUUUAGAUUUCUUAGUAAAAAAAACAACAAACAAACUUUCCUUGGUUUUUAUAAUAGAUAUGCUUAGAAAAAAUUUAAUUACGUACCAAAUUGGGUACGAAAUCCAAUAUCUAUUUUUAGAUUUGGGAAAUUCCAAAAGUAAAAUGCUUUCCCAGUCAUAUGUACAAGAUGCAAAUGCACAUGUACUGUCAGAGGUGCACACUGACUGCCAGUUUCAAGUUUUACCAAACUCUGAUAAUGCAGUGACAAGAUUUAAGAUAAAUCUUCACAAUUUAAAAGCCAAGUCAGAAGGGCAUUACUGCAACAGGAAGGCUGUAAAAUUAAAAACAAAUGAAAAUGUGAACACUGAAUUAAACGAUAAAUGCACAGAAUCUGACACUAGAUUUGGACAUGAAGAAGAAAAGGAUGCAUAUCAUAGAGAGUAUAGAAGAACUGAGGAUCAAAAAGAGAAGUUUGAUGAAGAUGGGGACUUGAUAUUAGAUAGACACCCCUGUCAAAGUUUAAAACUUGAUGACGAUAGAGAUUUGAUAUUAGACAGACACUCAUGUCAAAGUUUAAAACUAGAUGAAGAUGGGGACUUGAUAUUAGAAAGACACUCUUGUCAAAGUUUAAAACUCAAUGAAGACAGCCACAGGCCUUUGAGCAAGGAGAUAGACACACAGGAAGAUGAAUAUAAAGAUGUAGACUCCUUUGAAAUUAAAGAUAAUAGUGAAGAGACUCCAGUUAGGAAGAAAAUAAAGUUAGAAAAGGGAAGUAAUACUGGUAAUAUGAGCUCAAUUUUAAAUGCUGAGGAUAACAUCAAGGAUGAUUUAGAUUGUGAAACAGAAAAUACACCUCGUGACAAAUUGAUAGAAACAAUUCAAAGUUCAAUACAAGCAUGUCAACAUUGUAAUGCAAAUUAUGAAAGUCAAAAGAGACCUUUUGAAUUUGACACAUCAGGAAAAAAUGUAAUUGUAAACUCAGAAAGACUUGUCAAUGAUAGAGUUAAGAUGUGCAAGAACUGUGUCAAAGAGCAACAUUCAGGUGAAGAUGUGCAGAAAGAAGUCAAGACAGGAAUUAGUGAUAAUGCAGAAAGUUUCAGAAAAGCUAGUGAGGUCUCGGACACAGUCAAAGACAAUGAUUAUGAUUCAUCUAUUUAUUAUAUAAAUAUAAAGCACAGUUUGUCUACAGAAUUAAAUAAUGUAGGUGAACAGGUAUGGCAUGGUUCUCUGUUACUAAGUGACUAUAUUAUAUGUAACCAUGGCAACUUUGAUGACAAGGUCAUAGUAGAUUUGGGAGCAGGUGUAGGACUGUCCAGUAUUGUUGCUGCCAUGUAUGCAAAGAUGGUGUACUGUACUGAUACUGGGGAGAAGAUUUUAUCACUGGCAGAGAGCAAUAUUUUAACAGCCAGGACUUGCCCAACUCUUCCUAGACAACUGUGUGAUGUACAUGUCAAAGAAUUGGACUGGUUUAAAGGAAUGGAAGAGGACAGCUCUUUAUUCAGUCUUACUAAAGAGGAUAUAGAAAGAAUCAACAGCAGUGAUAUUCUGAUAGCUGCUGAUGUGAUUUAUGACUUUGACAUCACUGAUGCAUUCUUCAACAUAGUGAAACAGAUCAUGACCCACCCUCCUUGUAAAACUCUGUACAUUGGUUUGGAGAAGAGGAUUGUCUUUACAUGUGAGGACCUCACUUUCACAAGUCCAGGUUACAAUUAUUUCCGUCUUCAACUCGACGAUCUUUGUUCAGGGGAUGAUGAUGACACAGAGGCUUUGUUUGAAGUGGAGGAGAUUGACCCUAGCUUCCCACAGUUUUUCCAGUAUAACAGAAUUAGACAAUUGGAGUUAUGGAAAUUAACAGCUUCAUUCAAGUCAUAGAUCAAAGAUGGAACAUGGCAAUGGAAAAGUAUUUAGAGAGACCUUGAUCUAGGAUAAAAUAAGCCUAAAAUGGGAGCAUUUCACAAUUCAGAGGGCACUCAUACUUUUUAUGGAUACAAAUCCAUAAAGAGAAAUUCAUAAAGACUUGAGAAAAAAAUGGUGUACUGCAGUAAAUGGUUACAUAAAAAUAGUCCUGAAUGUAAAAGUCUUGUGUUUGAUUUGAAAUUGGAUACAAAAUACAGGUAUUCAUGGACAGGUGACAUGAUUUAAAUGAAGACAAAAGUGUUUAAUGGAAAUAAAUUCAUAGUGGAUGAAAGGAGUCACUGUACCAUGCCUUGCAAGUAAAUGUACAUGUAUAGACUAUUCCAUGUGUAUCAUUUCAUGCAAGUAUAAACACUUAUUAUUUCCAAUCACUGUAACUUUCUCAGGAUCCUUUAUAUCAUGUUUAUACUUCCUGAAACCAAGCAAUUUAAAUGAACAAAGGACAAUUAGUUAGCAAGAAACUUGCACAAAAUCAAGAUUGAAUUGAUCACAAUUUGACAUUGUCUGAAGUUUGUUUCUUAUAAAUAAGGUACCCAUAUUGAACAUGUGUUAUAGCUUAUACAGUAAUAAAUAUAAUAUAUUUA